CUCUGCAGGCACCACGUCACGACUGAUCUCGAGCCACUGCGCUGCCAAAAUGCAAAUAAACAAUUAUUUAGAAUAUCUGAUAGCUAAGUAUUUUUGUACCUGUUGAUUUUUGUGUUACAGUAUAUGAAAGCAACCUAGAAGAUCUGGAACGAAGCCAUUUGGACUUCUAAAGCCAGAAACAACUUCUAAAAGCCAGGCUUUUGUGACAGCUGUCAUCGCAGUUGGUUUCAUUAUCAGGAUACAACUGUUGAUAAGACUGAGGCGGAUGUUGCUCUCUAGUCUGCCAGRGCAGUAGAGGGUCAGGGGGAGUGUCAUGUUGAAGCUGCUCUUCCACAUUCUGCUGGUGUUGACCUGUCUUCACCCUUCACCUCACCUCCCUCCCCACAUAAGCUAACUCCAGCUGCUCUCAGUCUCCACCCUCUUCCACCACUUGGCCAGGAGAAAGGUCCUUGGUCCUCGUGGAAAAUGUCCUAUGCAUAUCAGAACCUGUUCAGCUGGAGUCGACCUCGAUUGACACAGCCACAUCUCCUCUUCCUAUCACUGAGCUUCUUGUGCCGCUUAGUUGCUCCCGCAGGUGUAUCUGCUGAGAUCUGCAGGGUGACGGGGGGAGUGUUGGGGAUCCACUGGAGCAGCGUGGUCGAUUUAGGCUGGCGACCCCUGGCCGUGGGGAGGGGCAGCGCCAGCUGCUGGGAAUCCUGCUGCGUUGAGCCAGCCUGCAGCGCCGUCUGGAGCCUGGGGGGGCACUGUGUGCUGCUGAACUGCUCCAACAGAGGAGUCUGUGAAGUCACAUCUCUCCCCCAGCCCCACGUUGAGUCSCUGGGGCUCCUGCAGCUAUUUUCAAAGGGCACCACCACAGCUCGGAGGAGAAGGCUCAGGCGGGCACAAACAGGAAAGGGAAGUGAGGCCGUAAGCCAGAAACAUGGGUCGGACCACCAACYUUCUAGCGCUGGAGUUUCCAAGGAUGCAGAGCGUCCGGCUCCAACAGUCGGCGGCACCGGCGGAGUAGCUUUCCCUCAAACAUCUGAUAAGAAUCACAGCCGGCUAACUAAUGGAAGUGGAGAAGCGCCAUCACCCUCACAGCAGAACUCUAAAUCAGAGGACACCAUAGACCCAGCGUCUUCCAACAGCAGCUCUGUGCUUCCCGCUACUGCGCCUACAAUCACGACAUCACCAACCCAGGCUGUCCGGGAAUUGGUGGUGUCGGCAGGCAAGAGUGUGGAGGUCACGCUGCCGCGCAACGAGGUCGAACUCAAUGCCUUUGUGGUGCCAGAGCCCCAGCCAGGGACCGACUAUGCACUUGACUGGCUCUUGAGAACUCAUCCCAAAGACUACAGUGGAGAGAUGGAGGGGAAACACAGCAAGACACUCAAACUCAGCAAGCUGACGGUGGGAUUGUAUGAGUUUGAGGUGACAGUGGACAGUGACGGAGCACACGGAGAGGGCUUUGUCAACGUAACAGUCAAACCAGAGCCACGGGUAAACACGCUCCCCGUCGCUGUGGUUUCCCCAAAGUUCCAGGAGAUAUCCUUGCCAACCAGCUCCACCGUGAUCGACGGCAGCCAGAGCACAGACGAUGACAAGGUGGUGGCGUGGCACUGGGAGGAGGUGAAGGGCCCGCUGAGGGAGGAGAAGGUCUCUGCAGACACCCAAAUCCUCACCCUCACCGGCCUUGUCCCAGGGAACUACACAUUCAGUCUGACUGUUACGGACUCGGACGGGGCCCAGAGCUCCACCCAGGCCACGCUGUCGGUCAACAAGGCCGUGGACUACCGGCCGGUGGCCAACGCCGGGCCCAACCAGGUCAUCACGCUACCGCGCAACGCUGUCACACUGCAUGGCAACCAGAGCGCGGACGACCACGAGCCGCUGGCCUACGAGUGGUCGCUCAGCCCCGAGAGCAAGGGCAAGGUGGUGGAGAUGCAGGGCGUUCGGACUCCCGCUCUGCAGCUGUCUGCCAUGCAGGAAGGAGACUACACCUUCCAGCUCACUGUCACAGACACAGCUGGACAACAGGACACGGCACAGGUCACUGUUAUCGUCCAGCCAGAGAACAAUAAGCCCCCAGUAGCAGACGCCGGUCCAGAGAAGGAGCUGACCCUACCUGUGGACCGCACCACUCUGGACGGCAGCAAGAGCACGGARGACCAGAAUAUCGCCACCUACCACUGGAAACAGAGCAAGGGUCCGGACGGAGUGAAGAUCGAGAACGCCGAUGGCGCCGUUGCCACGGUGACGGGGCUGCAGGUAGGCGAGUACGAGUUCAGUCUGACCGUGACGGACGAGAGGAAGCUGGCGAGCACCGACACGGUCACGGUCAUUGUCCGAGAGGAGUUAGACCAACCCCCAGUAGCCCAUGUCCAGUCCAGCCCGGCCAUCUCUCUGCCCCUGCGGACUGCAGCCCUGGACGGCUCCCACUCCACAGAUGACAAGGGUGGAGUCGGCUACUUGUGGACCCGUGACGACAGUAGUCCUGCAGCAGGGGACGUACUGAACAACUCUGACCACCAGGCGGUGCUGUUUCUCACUAACCUGGUGGAGGGAAAGUACAGCUUCACUCUGACUGUGACAGACAGCAAGGGCCAGAGCAGCUCAGACAGAGGGACUGUAGAGGUCAAACCGGACGUGUGGCAGCGUGACCUGGUGGAGUUGGUGCUGGAGGUGUCUGUGUCCCAGGUGUCCCACCGCCAGAGAGACAUGCUGCUCAGACAGGUGGGCGUGCUGCUGGGCGUGCUCGACAGUGACAUCACCGUACGGGAAGUCAGCGCCUUCAACGAGCACAGUACUCGGCUGGUGUUCUUGGUGUCUGGGGGUCCGGGUCGCCCCCCACUGUCCGGUCACAGUGUGGCUCUGGGGCUGCGCAACAAGCUACGCAAACAGAAGAARGACUUCCUCAUCUUCAAGGCACGGCGGGUGGACACAGUCAUCUGCCAGCUGAACUGCUCCAGUCACGGGGAUUGUGACUCAUUCACGCGGACCUGCGUCUGCCACUCCUUCUGGAUGGAGAAUUUCAUCAAAGGACAGCUGUGGGACCAAGAGAGCAACUGUGAAUGGAGUGUGCUGUAUGUGACCAUAGCAUCCUUCAUGAUUGUGGUUGCCAUCGCGACCGUUGUCUGGGGAAUGGUGUGUUGUUGCCGCGGGCGUAAGGGUAAAAUGCGCCACAAGAGCAAAAGCCGCUAUAAGAUGCUUAAUGGCGAAGAGCAGGAUGGCCUGGAGCUACACCCACCCCGAGCUGGCCGAAUGAAGCCGGCCCCCGCCCCCUCGUCCUCAGCCCUCAUGCGCUCUGACUCGGACUUGGACAGUGACGACGGCCAGGGAGGCGUCCCAUGGACAGACAGGGAACGAGGACACCUCCUCCGACCUCACAACGGCACCCUGGAAAACGGCCAGGGCCCCACCAGGAGCAAAAAGCAAAGAGAGGAGCUGCUAUAGCAACAGAGGGUGGUGGAACACCCCUCCCCACCCCUAAACCCUCCCCACCCACUCUCUUUCGCUCUUCUCCACCACACAAACCGUACACCUCUCCACCCAUAGGACACUCAAGACAUAUGGGUCCUGGAGAAUGAGAGAGAACCCUGUUGGGCACGGGGUCAAGCCUCCCACCCACACACCCCCGUAUUUAAACUUCCCUGCGCCCACACUGAGCCAAGAUUAAGGAAAUUAGGUUUAACCUUUGAGAAGGACAGACCAUUUAAAGGAAAAAAUGUGUGUGUGUGUGGAGGGGGGGG